AGAGAAGAGAAGUCUCGGUAACAAUAAGACAAUUAGGGGGAGGUCUUUCAAGUCUAUUCUUCCUCUGAAGCUAACAUAAUCGAGUGCAACAACUAGCAAAAUGAAGAUGGCGGAUGGACCCACGAUCCUUAGAAGAAAUAGACCCGGAACGAAAGCAAAGGAUUUCUGUAGAUGGCCAGAUGAACCCUUCGAAGAAAUGGAUAGCACAUUGGCUGUGCAACAAUAUAUUCAACAAAUGAUCAGAAAGGAUCCAUCCAAUGUUGAUUUGAUAUUGAAAAUGCCAGAUGCACAAGAUGAAGCAGUGUGGAAAUAUGAGCAUUUGAGGCAAUUUUGUAUGGAACUCAAUGGCUUGACAGUAAGAUUGCAAGAAGAAUGUUAUCCAGCAUCUUGUAGUCAAAUGACAGCUACAGAACAAUGGAUAUUUUUGUGUGCUGCUCACAAAACACCUAAGGAAUGUCCAGCCAUUGACUAUACAAGACAUACCCUUGAUGGUGCAGCUUGUUUGCUUAAUAGCAACAAAUAUUUUCCCAGCAGGGUUAGUAUCAAAGAAUCUUCGGUAGCCAAACUUGGAUCAGUUAGUCGCAGGGUUUAUAGAAUUUUUUCUCAUGCAUACUAUCAUCAUAGAGCAAUAUUUGAUGAAUUUGAGAAUAAAACAUUUCUGUGCCGCAGAUUUACAGCAUUUGUGACAAAGUACAGUUUGAUGUCAAAAGAGAGUUUAAUAGUUCCAAUAAUGGAAGAAGAUGGAACAACAGAAAGCGAAGCCUAGAAUUUAAAUGUUUAUUUAUAUUGUCCCAAGUCGAUUUGUCAGAUUUAACAAGGUCACUGGUAAUACUGAUAUAUCAUUGAAAUACUUGUUGUAGUCCCAAAUGUGACAAGAACAUUGAAAAGGUUCAGUACCUAAUUUCACUGAAAUGUUCUUGAUUAAGAAUAAAAUUUAUUUAAUGGGAAUUCAUUGGAAUUUUUUAAUAGAAAUUUGUGUGCUUAAGAGUUAUACUCCUUUUUCAUUAAGUAUACAAAACGUACGAUUGUACUAUGAACAAAUUUUUAUUAAGUGUUCAUAUUAAUGAUAUUUCUUAUGAUGAACGUACUAUUCAUUUUAUCAUUAUAAUAAUGUAUAAUUAUAUACCUUUUUUAGAUACUGAACUUAUAAAUGUCACAUUAAAUAACAAAACAUUCGGAUGUUCAGUUUUAUAUGUAUUACUUGGUCGUAUAUUUGAUAUUUUUCCUUCAUUAAUGAUGUAAAUUUGUACAAAAGUAUUCGAUUAUAUUUUUAUUGAAAUUAAUAAUUGCACAUGAAUUCUAAGAAAUUUCUCUUGAAAUCAAAUAUGUAAGCAAAUUAAUCGUAAUACAUAUUUUAAUUUUUUCUAAUUUUCAAUAUUGGAAUAAUUCAUGGUAAGAAAAUAAAUCCAUCUAUUAUACUGAGAAUAACUUGUCUUAACGAUCAGGAUAUAGCUAAACCAAACAGAUACUUAUAAAUAUAAUCCUUACAUAAUAUUAGUAACAAUAAUAAAUGAUGCAAUAUCUUUAUUUAUAUUAUAUUUAUUUUACGUGGUAAUAAAUUAAAAAUUUCGAACAUAUCUUUCCAGUUACAGCUUAUAAUAUCAUAAUCAGUUCAAAGAAGUUGUAUUUUUAUUGCCUAAGAAAUUAACACUUUGAUGGCCGCAAGCUUUGUUGAAUCUACGACUUUUGUAAUUUUAUGUGCCUUUUUAUAUCUAAACAGAACCUACCGAUAAAAUGGUAUGUCUGUAAUCUCAUUAAUGAAUGCUGUAAAAUUACAAAUUUCCAAAUUAUAAUUGAAAACUACUACAAUACUUAUCAAAGUUAUGAAAAAUAAUAGCUUUAUCAUUUGUUUCGGUACUUAUAUUUUCCGAAAUAAGACUAGAGAAUGCGAGUAAAUAUUAUUUUGUAUUAAUUUUAGCAUUAUUAUUACUGUCAAUCAACAUUGAAAGUAUCCUCUAGAUUUCUUAUUGAGAAAAGCAAUAUCAGUAUUGGAAGAUUAUCUAUACUACUGCCAAAUACUGCUGCAAUAAAUAGUUUUCAUCAACAAUUAAUAUAAAGUUAUAAAAGUGUUAAGAAUACUGUUAAACUUGCAAUUUUUUAUUUCAUCAGUAUGUAAAUCACGUGAAUGUUUGUAAACUUGUACCAUUUUGAUACACGGUUAUUAAGCAACAAUAACAGCACUAGAAAGUGUUCCCAUUUCCAUUUAUCAUCAAUGAUAAAAAAUUUUUUAAAAAAUUUUGAUUUGAUAAUCAUUUAAUGCAAGUAGCUUUUUUUAAAAAUUUUCAAUGUCUAUUCGUACCUAUUAUAACACUGUAUAUAUAAUUUGUAAAUAAUAAACAAAAAAUGACAUUUAAGUAACUAUAAUUAAAUCAAGACCACAUUGUCUGUAACAAAUAUACAUGUACUGGUGAAAAAUAAACUUUCUAUUUAAUAUCAA